AGUUCCGGUUGCGUGGCGGAGGCGGUCUGUGUGACGCAGCAGCUGCUGGAGCUCCGGGACGCUCGGCUGUUUUUAUUGUUCCUUUAAUAAAAGCGACGCGCAGAGAGAAACAACAGAGCCGCAGAGAUAGAGAGAAUAGAGAGAGAAAAGAGAGAGAGAGAGAGAGAGAGAGAGAGAGAGAGGGAUAGAGGGAGAAAAGAGGAGAAACACAGAGAGAGAAAGAGAGAGAGAGAGGAGAGCUCUGUGUUCUGCUGGAGAAAGCUGCUGCUGCUGCUGCUGCUGGGCUGUAUUAGCGGAGGGCGAUGGCGUACGCGUACCUGUUUAAAUACAUCAUCAUCGGGGACACGGGUGUGGGGAAAUCAUGCCUAUUAUUACAGUUCACAGACAAACGCUUCCAGCCAGUGCACGAUCUCACUAUUGGUGUAGAAUUUGGAGCGAGGAUGAUCACUAUAGACGGUAAACAGAUAAAGCUUCAGAUCUGGGAUACGGCUGGCCAGGAGUCCUUCCGCUCCAUCACCAGGUCUUACUACAGAGGAGCCGCGGGAGCCCUCCUCGUCUACGACAUCACAAGAAGGGACACCUUUAACCAUUUGACAACUUGGUUAGAAGAUGCUCGUCAACAUUCCAACUCCAAUAUGGUCAUCAUGCUCAUCGGAAAUAAAAGUGAUUUGGAGUCACGGAGAGAGGUGAAGAAGGAGGAGGGCGAGGCUUUUGCCAGGGAACACGGCCUUAUCUUCAUGGAGACUUCAGCUAAGACCGCGUCCAACGUAGAAGAGGCAUUCAUCAACACAGCCAAGGAGAUUUACGAGAAGAUCCAGGAGGGAGUCUUUGAUAUCAACAACGAGGCGAAUGGGAUUAAAAUCGGACCCCAGCACGCUGCCACCAACUCCUCGCUGGCUGGCGGACAGGGAGGACAGCAGGCCGGAGGAGGCUGUUGCUGAGCUUUUCUCCUUUUACCCUCCUGUUCCUUCCUCCUCCUCCUCCUCCUCCACCCCCGAGUCCUUAUGUUUCUACUGGACUGGUCGCACUCACUAACAUUUUCUUAACCCCGCCCCUUCACGGCCCAGCCCUCCAGUCAAUCGUGCCCUCAGAUAAUGUACUACUAGAUGGCUGUCCAAUAAAAAGAUUUAAAAAUUUAAAAAAAAAAAAAGAAAAGCUUAAGUCCUGAGAAACUCCUGAGGCCCGACUCUAGGGCUCCAGCAGACGUGAUUAUUAUGGGUAUUAGUUAUUAGAUAAAACAAACAAAAAAAAAAAAAGAAGAAAAAUAAAUAAAUAAAUGAAGGGCGCAGCCCGGUCAGUGUAUGUUUUCUGACCACUAGAGGCUAAAAUCAAAUAUAGGAAAUUAGGUGUAAAACUUAAUUAUUAUUUUUUUUCCUGUUUGGUGUAGUGAAAAAAUUGGUUGGAUUGUUUUCAUUUUUUCAUCAUUUCUCACAAUCUGAAUUUCAGGGAAAAGAAUUAACCUUGUAACAUCUUGUAACAAAAGUAAGUUGCAUUAUACCAUCAGAUUUGGGGGAGAAAAUCAGAAAAUUGAGUCCAAAUUCAGUUAAAUGUUUUGUGAUAUUCAGAUUGUUAGGGUGACAAAAAAGAAAAAAGAAAUGAAAAUCAAUUUCUUAUUCGCUGUAAUAAUUGGGGGAAAAUUUGAAUUUUUUUUAGUUUUACAUCUUUUUCUAUAUUUUUAAGUUUAGCCCCUAUUAGUCAAUAAAUUUAACUGUUAAACAUAACACUGACCGAACCCGACUUCAGAACCCAUAUUCGUACAUUCGUAAAAUAUACAUGUUUGUAUUUACAGUUUUUGUUGUUGUUUUAUUUUUUGGUUCUUGUUCUUUUUUUGGUUUUGGUUUUGUUUUCCCAGAUUUCUUUCCUUUCUGAUUUGUUCUUGUGCCCUUUUGACUUCCGAGCUGAACUGUAUUAAACACUACAAAGUCAUCUCUAGUAUUUUAAUCGGUUAAUGUGGGCGAGUUCUCUGAGCUAUGGAGAUCUCCGAAGUCAAAAUAACGGAAACGUUAACUAACGUUUGGGCUGUGCUGAAAAAGGAGCAGCCGUUUAUCAAAGUGAAGAAUUGAAAAAAGAAGCAGGACUGUUUUAAAUCUGUAUUUAUCAUCACAUUCUGUAUAUAUAGUUAUCAUUUCUUGCUUUGAUUGAUGUAUGUUGACCGAGCUAGAAUUCUGUAUUGAAUUUGCUGCGAUUCUAUACUGUACGAAUAGAGCUUGAACAUGCAACAGUAUUGCUGCGUUUUUCCCGAACCUGCUCCGACACCGUUUUAAGGUUAAACUUCUUUUUACUCUGCUCAUUUUAGUUUGGUCCUGCCAUCUGCCUUCGCCCUCGUCUCCGUAACCCCGCCCACCCCGCCUCGCCCCUCCUCCUCGAUCUAUUCUCGUGUAUAGAAACUUUGGCUCAAUAUUCUGUAUCUGUUUUAUUAUUAACGCCAAAUUUGUGUUUACCUGUGUUUGAUCACAACCUGUCCACCAGACUAGAUCUGCUGUUUGCCUUAAAACAGAUUUGGAACGGCAAAAGAAAACAUAAUCAGUCACACAGGGUUCAGUUCGGUUAAAGACUUAAAGCUACAGGCAGAUUGUAAUUGAGACGUGCAUACAUGCUAAUAAAAAAACAGCUAGAUCCACUUACAGUAGAUGAACAUAGCCCUCAAGUGAUCAUACAUGUACACACACACACACAUGCACAUGCACAUAUACAUACACACUCAGCUAAACGUACAUAUAUACAUAAAUAAAUAUAUAUAUUCAUAGGGCCACAUUAUAUGUAUGCAUAACCAUGUUUCGGUUCCUCCUCGGAUCUCUUUUCUUUUCCAGCGCAGUCCGCUGUGUACCGUCAGUGCAGAUCCACUUUCAUUAGUUGUCUGAGUGGUUGUGUAAAGGCUUGCUUUCUAUGGCAGUACGUUCUGUUCUGAUAGAUAUAUGGUGAACAUCUUGUCUGUUGUGAAAGGGGUGUGGUUAAAGCCAAACUGAAGUAACUUUGUGACCCUCAACUUUAUUUGCUGUGUUCUCCAAAUGAAAUGCUAUCACAAUAAAAUAUAAUAAACUCAUCAACUCUGGACUGA